GCAGGUCGGCGGCUCAGUAGUGUUGUCUCUCGCCGCCAUUUGAAGGUCUUGCUCGUGUUGUGGUGUUGUUCGAGUCGCUUGUAUUGAUGCUUGAUUCAGUGUAGAUCAGUGAGUUCUUUCGUGCGCGGAGGUUAUGUUUUGUGAUCCUCAUGUGGUGGAGAGUAGUGGGAAUCAGAAGUGUGCCGCCGCGUAUUCUUAAAUAAUGGAGGAGAAGGCGACGACGAAGAGCAGCAACCGCAGACGCCGCGAGAGAGCCCUGAAAAUGAAGGCCGAGAUCUCGGAGGGUGCUCUGAAGGGAUCCGAGGACGAUAGCUGCGAGGAGGCCCUUCCCCUGGUGCGGACCAAGCCGCCACGCCCUCGCAAGAAGAGUCGGCCGCCCAGGGACCCGCUCUUCGAGGAGGACGUGAUCGAAGGCUUCGCCUUCCUCGCCUUCAAAACCUACGAGGAUCUGGAGCGGUGCGUUCGGGCGUCUGAUAAGGCUGGCACUCGCAGGCUUGAUCCUUUCCCCGAGCGAGUCAAAACUGAGCACCCAACAAAGAAGAAGACUAUUCCUGCUCCCAAAUUCACAACAAGCAAAGCUGGCGGAAGUCACUCCAGCUCAGAGCAAGGAUAUAUCUGUGAUAGCGAGAGUGAUGGCGACACCAAGGUGUCUGAUGCAGAAUCUGAUUUAUUCCGAGCAUCUAGUAAAGGUUCCAUUGGCAGUCGUCUAGGUGAAAGCACAACGUCAAUACGACCCACAACUUUACCUGUAACAGAUCCACCUAAACCGAUUGCUGUAAAGGCUGAACGACCUGUACAUCCUCCAUACAGUAAUGGACCAGUGGAGUUAGGUCACUGCCCAGCCAAUUAUCCUCCUUCAAGCAUUGGCAUUGUUAGCACAGUGUCUCCCCCCACCACUGUUGCGCCAGCUGGAGAUCAUAAGCCCAUUUACCUACCUUCACAUCACUCUCCACACAUACCACCUCCGUCACAUACAACCUCCUCUUCAAAUUCACCUCUCACUACUACUCACACAUCUCAUACACCACACACCCCACUUACUCCGCACACGCCACACACACCUCAUACUCCUCACACUCCUCAUACUCCUCACACUCCUCACACUCCUCAUACACCUUUAACGCCCGUAACACUAACUCCUACUCCAGCAGUACCGGUGACGACGACGACUACGACUACUGCUACUACCACGACCACUCCGUCUCCUUCACCGUUGACUCCUCAUACUCCAUCUCUUCACCCAUCUCACACACCCCAGACGCCAACCCCUACUUCUACUCCCACGCCACCUCAGGUACCCAGGCAACCUAUUUCUCAUAUACCGAAUUCAUCCCCACACUUAUAUCCACAGCCUGUGGCAUCAUCCACAACUACUACGGUAACUACAACGACCACCACCACCACUGCAACCACAACUACCACAACCACAACCAGUCUUACUCAUAGUCAUGUGAGUAGUAAUGGUCGGGUUAGUAAUGGCCCAGUUGGGGGUUCAGGUGUGGGUGGUCUGGGGCUGGGUUCAGGGGUGAAUAGCUAUAGUGUGAGUGCCUUGGUAUCACCAAAACAACAGCCCAGCAGCCACACACUUUACAAUAGUGUUAAACCAAAUCCAAUUUCAUCACCAAGAAAUCACGUACAUUCACCUCAUCCAUCACCUGUUGGUGCUACAACACCCAGUGCUCCUCCUCCUGUUCCCGUUCCCCCUCCCGCUCCCGCUCCCCCGUUGUCUGCUCCCACAACUCCUAAUAUUAAGCCUCCUACUCCAAACACUCCAAGUGCUCCUCCAGCUCCUGUCUCUGCAGUGCCAGGGCCAGUGGCAGCACCACCACCUCCUUUGCCUUAUGGGGCUAUUAAAAUUGAACCAGGAGAAACGUCGUCUCGGCCACCUAUUAAAAAUCCUCCCAUCCCACCACAUUCUGUGCCAGCUACUGCGUCAGUUAAGGUGGAACCCAACUACAUCCGUUCUACGCCACCAUCAACCACCAGAGUCACCACACCAAAUCUUCAUCCAGUUUUACCUCCUCCUCCUCCUCCUGCUAGGCAUUCACCUAGGGCUCAAGAGCCCCAUAUAUCUCCAUAUAGUACUGCAAGUGCAGCUGUAAGCAACUCUCAAACAAUUCCUUCGUUGUCUAGACCUUGGCCAAGUCCUGUAGUGAGUUUAGCUUCUAGCAGUGCAGCUCGAUUAUCGUCAAUAAGUCGACCUCCUCUGCCUUUGCCAUCGUUUCCUUUGGGUCCUUCCCCUGUCUCGGCUCCUUUGCCACCGACGGGCAUGUUUGCUCCACCUAUUCCACAUACGCAACAACUGAGUUCCUCUCAGCUUAUUACUCCAUCUCAUUUGAAUCCUGAUCCUCUUGGUCAAGCUGAUUUACUACGAAGGGAGCUGGACUCUCGAUUUUUGGCUCAGCAAGAACGUACGUUAGGCCUCAGUGCUGGAAGCUUAGGAGGCCUAACAGGACCCCCAGCUUUUUUACGUGCAGAAAUGCACCAUCAUCAACAUCAACACACUCAUGUCCAUCAACAUCUUCUGCCUCAUAUGCCACCACCACCUCCCAUUCCACCACCCAGUGCUACAAGUCUCUUCUCACACUCGGCAACGCCGUCAUUGUUUAAGGAAGUGACUAAAGUAGGGCUUGAAAGUAGUUUGUAUCAGCCUGGAGGAAGCUUAGGAAGCAGUUACCCUCCAGGCCUUACGCCGUUAGUGCAUCCCCCUACCUCAAACUUUGCCCCACCAACUCAUCUUGCUACUGUGCCACAGAAGAUUGGUGAACCAAGCCAACGUAAACCAGUGAAAACAGGUCGAUGGAAUGCUAUGCAUGUACGUAUUGCUUGGGAAAUAUACUACCAUCAACAGAAACAGGCACCUGAGAAACCUAGUGCUAAGUUAGGAAGUACAGCAGACCUACUGCAACCUCCAUCUGGUGCUGCAGGUGUUGGAGGGGGACCUGGGGCACCAAUAUUUCCAACCCUUCCUAGGCCACCAGAUCUUGGACCAUCCAUGUUGGCUGGGCCAGGACCCUCUCAUCGUUACGAGUCUUCUCUAUUAGGUCAUUCGCACCUCACACCUUCAGUGCCUGGUCUUACUGGUAUGAGAUAUCCUGGUGGUGGAGCACCAGGCCCUCCAGGUGCUCCACCAAGUGCUGCAACAUUCCACCAUCCUGGCGUGACACCCACUUCCAUACCGGGUCCUCCACCAGGCUCAAUGUUCUCCAGGGAGUCCAUACCUACUGGGUUAACAGUGCCACAGCCAACACCUCAUGAAACAUGGAGGUUACGAGCACCGACAGCUUUUGGACCCACUGGAUCUUGGCCUGUAAAACCAAGUGCAGCUAUGUAUGAAAGAGAACGGCGUGAAGAAGAGAGGAACAGGGAAAGAGAAGAAAGAGAGAGGAGAGAAAGAGAAGAGAGAGAACGAAAAGAAAGAGAAGAAAGAGAAAGGAGAGAAAGAGAAGAAAGAGAAAGAAGAAUUAGAGAAGAGAGAGAGAGAGAACGCGAGAGGGAACGGAGAGCAGAGCAUGAGAAAGAACGUGCAGCUCGCAUGUUAGAAACUAGUCAUGACCGUGUUUUACCAAGAAGAGAUGGUUCACGGUCACCAAUUCGCCCUGAUCUUGCUGAAGUUACAUCACAUCAGCCACCUCCAUCGUUAACAGGUUCUUCACAGCUAUCUUCAGGCCCCUUACCACCUCCAACAAAAACAGAAUCGCGGCCAGAUUCACAACCCGGAUCCAGACCUGGAUCUCGAACAUUAGAUCACCGUGUAAAAAUGGAGUCUAAAGAUGAAAUUAUGAUUGUUGGUGGGAAAGAGGCUCCUCGCCAUCUACAUGGCCUUCCUCCACCUAAUGUUUUACCACCACAUUCAGUUUCAGCUGGAUUGCUACCUCCACAUUCUCUUGCUCUGAGUAUGGCAACUACCUCGGCCAACUCUGCAUUAGAUCGUGCCAGGCUGUUAGGUGGAUCUGCUGGUUAUCCUGGUGCUGGUCCACCGCACUUAGGGGCAUGGGCUGAUCCAUUUAGAGAUCCCUAUCAUUCUGCUCAGGAACAAAACUUUGCUCGAGCACAUGAUAUAGCUGCAAGAGAAGCUUUGUCUUUGAGAGAGAGGAUGAGUCUUGCAGCCAGAGAAGAACAAAUGUUACAUAGCAAUCCAUUAUCAUCCCUGAUAUUGAAUGAACGAUAUAGGGAGCAACAGCAGCAGCAACAGCAACAUGCAGUGGCUAGAGACUUUUACGAACGCAGUCAAUUAGCAGCAGCAGGUGUAAUGCCAACAGGUCUUUAUCCAUCCUCAUCAGCCUUACUUCCACAUCAUUCACAGCUAGGGCCCUCCUUAUUGAAAGGUGGGUCUCCCUUGGGUCCAGGUCCUCCACCUGGUCCACCAGGCUUGCAUCCUCCAGGUUUAGGAUCUAUGCAUGGACCUGGACAUCCAGGUCCUCCAGGGCAUUCUCAACCACCACCCCUUGGACCUGGAUUACCUCCACCUCUCAUCCCCUCCAUGCGUGGUUCUUCCCCAGCACACCCACGGCUGCCGGAUAAAAAAGAUGACCCGCGCUGACUCUAGUCAUGCCUGAGCCACAAUUCUCAAGUGUUGUGGUUUCAGUUUGUAUCCAGCAAAUAUUGCUUGGAACUGGCUGUUGAUUAGCCUGUGGCAAUACGUGCUAGGUCCCUGCUGGUGUUUCUGCUACCAAGAAGCACAUCUUCAGGAGGGUGGUGUUGGGCAGGUGGCCCAUUAGGCUACUGUACAGCCCCAAGGGUUGUAAGUAGUCAACGUGUGUCUUUCAUGAUGAUCAGGCUGUGGAUUGUAACACAAGUUUUGUACCAUAUCUGUACAGUACGGUGGCCGUGUGGUCACAACCUCCAUUUGUCUUUUUAUUAUUUAAUAUUUUGUAGAUAUUAAUUGUUUUCUUAAAAUAUUUUGUAGAGAAAAUUAAAUUAAUAAUGACUUUGACAAAAGGAUCUGAUUCUGACUGACAAUGACAUUUGUUAAACUGUUUAUAAAUACAUGAGUUUGUUAACAAAUUA